CAACAACAUUUUUAAUUGAGGCAAUUGCGCCAGUAUUUGAAGCAUAUAGCAUCGAUCCACAGAAAUCGACUGAUCGCGAUCACAGUGAUGGGAUCAAGUAACAAGCCUGUGAUUUACUUCGGCUUCAGUUUGCUUCUCAGGAGCUUAUUGAUUGCAGCAUCUGUGAUUGGUGUUGUGUUCAUGUUAAGUAGCAAGCAAUCUGAAGAUUGGUACACUGACAGCAGCCAAACUUACUACGAAACCCUUUCCUUUAAAUUUACUCAAUCACCGGCCUUCAUAUACUAUGUUGCAGCAUUAUCUCUUUCAGGGCUUUAUGGUCUCAUUACCAUGUUCACAUCCUUUUUAGUUAUCUUAGCACCAGCUUCCUCAGCAGUCUUGGUCCUUUUUGCGAUUUUUGAUGUGUUGAUAUUGGGGAUCAUAGCGUCGGCCACAGGCACUACUGGAAGUGUUGCAUAUAUCUUGCUAAGGGGCAAUGAAGAUUUUAGAUGGUCGGAUUCCUGCUAUGCUUACAACAAAUUCUGUCGACAUCUCGGGGUCUCUUUCGGGGUUUCUUUAGUAGCCUCCAUUUUGCUUGUCUUGCUUCUGUGGACCUCCGUCAUCACUCUAUCCAAAAGGAUCUCCUCCAAACGGAUCAGCCCACCACCACAGUUUCAAUUAGUAUCAGGGACACCUACUUAACGCUUUAGAAACAUUUUCUGUACGCGCGUAUGUAUGUAUAUGCGUGUGUAUGCGCGGACCUGAGUGUUGUGAUCCAAACAUCCCGUAUUAAUUGUACUUAUAAUGUAUGC